AUCCAAGAGUAGCUCGAGGAAAAAAAAAAAAAAAAAAUUUCAAAAGCAUGAAGAUAGAGUUACUAAUAUGGCUCUUCCUCAUUGUGUCCCUCAAAGUUCUUUCUUCUUCAGCAUGCACUGCAGAUAACUCGUCUUGCAAACCCCAAAAAAAGCUUAAGCAUUUAUAUGACAUACAAAGCAGAGAAGAUGAUCAAAGAACAUAUGAGGCAAACCGUGGAGGUCAUCAUCUAAGGAUUUCACAGAAGGCAAAAACAGUUUAUGGGGGUACCGCUAACGUUCGCCCUCGUAAUUCACGUAACAACCGGAGUACGGCAAACUCCCUUUUACUAAAAUCCUCUUCCCUGUUUUCGGUGGCACUUAGGCAUGUUGUGUUGGGAUUGGUCAUUUCUGUUUUCUUCUUUUGACUGUCUUGGUGAAUAUGUAAGACAUCAGUUUAAGGUUUAAGCUUGGGGAAAGCAUAUUUAGAUCAAUUUAAGGACUAGUGUUUGAGUCUUGCUAGAUCCCCAACCUUUCUCUGUUAUCUCUUUAACUUACAAGUCAAGAAAAUAACAAACAGUUACA